AUGGACCUCCUCUCCCUUCUUGCUCCUCCCAAAGUCACUCGAUCCCUUCUCACAUCGCCUUCCUCCUUGUUUUCGGCUGCCCUCUCCCUCCGCAUCGUCCUACUCCUCUACGGCCUCUACCAGGACGCCCAUGGCCCUUUGAAAUAUACCGACAUCGACUAUGGCGUCUUUACCGACGCAGCUCGCUAUGUUUCUUAUGGUCACUCCCCGUACCUGCGAGAUACUUACCGCUACACACCCUUGUUGGCGUGGAUACUACUCCCAACCACGUGGGAACCACAAUACAUCUGGUUCAGUUUCGGGAAAGCGUUGUUCGCGGUCAGUGACAUUCUAGCAGGAUGGAUGAUCUUCGUCGUAUUACAGAAAACAGGCACGAGUCAGAUGCGCGCUUUGAAAUACUCUAGUAUCUGGCUACUCAAUCCAAUGGUGGCUACCAUUUCCACUCGAGGGAGUAGUGAAGGUCUACUCUGUGUCAUGGUUAUGGCGCUGCUCUGGGCAACGGAGAUGCGUCAUAUUGCACUUUCUGGCGUGUUGCUGGGUUUGGCUGUGCAUUUCAAGAUCUACCCCUUUAUCUAUGGUGUCAGCAUUUUGUGGUCGCUAGAAUCGCCAGCUCCAAUCACAUCGAGGCCAGCAGUCAAAGAGGAAACCCAUACAUCGAUACUUGGUACAUUGUCCACGUUUCUAAACCAAGAUCGAUUAGUGUUCAUUUUCACAUCUCUGGCUACCUUUUCAGGUCUAAAUAUCAGCAUGUUCGCUUUGUAUGGCACACCGUUCAUGCAGCAGACCUACCUGCACCACCUGACUCGAAUCGAUCACCGCCACAACUUUAGUCCAUACAACAUACUUCUAUACCUCUCUUCCGCCAAGAUCGUCACCACUGCCCAUUUGUCAAGCCUACGCUUCGAAUCCCUGGCCUUCAUCCCUCAACUCUUGCUUUCAACCCUCCUCAUUCCCGUCAGCAUCUCCAAGUCCUCCUUUCCCCGCGCCAUGCUUGCGCAAACCUUCGCAUUCGUAACAUUUAACAAGGUUUGCACAUCACAGUACUUCCUCUGGUAUCUCAUCUUCCUUCCCAUCUACCUUCCUGACUCGGUCUUGAUUCGAAAUCCAGCUUUGGGGCUAGGUGUGCUAGGAGCAUGGGUUGCAGGACAGGCGGUAUGGCUCUGGCAGGGCUAUAAACUAGAGAUGUUGGGCGAGAGCAGCUUCGUGCCAGGAUUGUGGUCAAGCAGCCUACUCUUCUUCGCGGUGAAUUGUUGGAUCUUGGGAAUCAUCAUUUCAGAUCAUGGACCGGAGGACCACGGCUUAGGCCCUGCUCCGGAGAAGGGGAAGGAUAAGGUGGGCACGAUAUAUCCACGAGAGAAAACGUUGAAAGAGGAGGGUGUGCGUGGCGUGGAGGAGGACGACAGUGACGAGGAGAGUGACGUCGAAGAGAUACCCCGAGAACAAACAGUCGAAGAGAUGGUUCGAGAAGAAAUGAAGAGGAGGAGGCAGGAUGCCCGUACCGGUGUUAGUUCGACUGCUAGUGACCGACAGCAAACAGACAUCCUGCUGGGUGAAUACAUGGACGAUAUACGGAGUCUUGUCCCACCCAACGAAUGA